AUGCUUCAUUCCGGUCUCACGCAUCCGACACGUCAGCGGUGUCGCGACGAGGCACGGUUGGGAGUCAUCGAUCCGACGCCUCCCAAUCGUUUGAUAAGGCUUUCGCUAGCAUCGUUCGAGCGACGACCUCCGCAAUAUAUCCAAUUGAUGUAUCCAGCCGAUCCCCUUGCCACGUGGAUUGGACAGGGGGGUGCGUGGAUCACCGACUAUCCAUACCAUACUGGAGGACAUAGUCUCUGUAAACAAUACCUAGUAGGUCCUCCGCACGUACACCAGCCAGGACGACAAAGGGGGCCACCAGGGGCCAAUAGUGCCCUGUACGCAUCCGAGCACAUCCGAUCGAGCCCCUCGGACAAUAAAUGA